AUGGUCAGCGCUGAGCUGCUGGCAAGAAUGGAUUUACGAUGCCGAGAGCUAGUGCGCGAUCUAGCGCAGAGCAAGUACGCCCCGGGCAGCGCACACGCGCAGCCCUUCGGAGGGUUGAACGUACUAGUGGCAGGUGAUUUAUGGCAAUUGCCACCACCACGCGGAACCUUUUUGGGGGAAGUGCCUUGGGAAAUGCUGACCAAGGGGAGCAGCAAAAAAGUCGCCCACACCGUGCAUGGGCAAAAGCUUGUGUGGGGCUCGCAGACGGAGAACAGCAUCAUCCACGGCAUCACAGAACUCGAGCAAUGUGAGCGCACGCGAGACACAUGGCUGCAGACGCUGCAGCAGCAGAUUCGGGAAGGUGCCUUGAGCGCCGACAAUCACGCCUUCCUCCAUGGGCACGACACAGGUGUCCCGGGAAGUUGGUCUGGCGAAAAAUUGGACUGCGAAAACGCAGCGUGCCAGCAACUGCUGCAGAGGAAAGUCGUCCCUGCUCGCAUUCGCAGACUCGAGUGCAAGCAAUGCCAGCACGAACGCGCCUCGAAAAAGCGAGUGUUGGAAGGAAACAUGAGGGGUGAUGAGCAAAGGAAGCUAGAGCAAGCAAAGGCUGUGUUUGCGACGAAUGCGGUGAAGUACCACGUCAACAAGCUGCGGGCGCUAAACUGGGCACGCCAGCACGGGCAGGCGGUCAAAUAUGCCAUUGCAAAAGACACAAUUUCCAGCCGGGCGUUGCAAGAAAAACCGGACUUGGGCAAAGACAAGUUGACAUGGCUGCAACGUCACGAUCAGGACUGUGGCGGGCUGUACGGGGUUUUGCCCUUGUGCAUCGGCAUGCCGGUCACGGCAACCGAUCACUUGGAUCGCCGCAGAGGCAUACUGAAGGGAUGUCCGGGCACAGUUGUUGGAUGGAGCUGGCAUGAAGCAGCGGGCGCCGCAGCAGGGAGUACGACACAGAUUUGGAAUGAGCUCCCAAGUUGUGUCUUUGUCCGGUUCCAGACCAAGUCAGAGUGGCGAGUGCAGGGGCUGGCCACGGACAACGUGUUUCCGGUGACGCUCCAACGGCAAGCGUGGCAUCUGGACAAAGGCCGAAAGCGGCCCAUGCUGCGGGUGGUGCGACGGCAAUUUCCGUUGGCACCCGGGUUUGCCACCACGGCGCACGCAGCGCAGGGCCAAACUUACGCAGAAGGGGCAGUCACGGACAUGCAGAUCGGCGAAGGCGGAGACCCGCUGACCGCAUACAUCGCUGUGACGCGAGUGAAAGAUAGACACGGGUUACACAUAUACAGACCAUUCGAUGCUGCACCCUAUCAGAAAGGACGCAGCGUAGGGAGAGCUUUGCUGUUGCAGGCCUGGCGCGGAGAGAGCAUUGACUGGGCAACGUUGCGCAUGCGGCACCGCGAGGAGGAAGUGUGUAGCGAGUGCCGCGAAAGCAAACCCAGAAGCGGGUACAGCGCCGGGCAAUGGAAACGGGACGCGGACGCACGUGUGUGCAGAGAAUGCGUGCGCAACUACGCGGCCAACAACACGCCCUGGCAAUGCAACAGUUGCAAGGCAUGGAAGCACGAAGACGCCUUUGCUAGAAUGUACACGCGCCCCGCAUGCACGUUCUACCGCGUGUGCCAGACGUGCGAGGCACAGAAGCGGUGCUACAAGUGCGGUACGGCCAAGCCGGAAAGUGCAUUCGGGGCGGCCGCGUGGACAGGGCGCCAUGCACACCGACGUGUCUGCAGGGACUGCGCCAUGAAAGUGAAGGGUGCAUGGCGCUGCGCCGUGUGCGCGGAACGUAAGGCGUGCAAUGACUUCAGACGGCCUGCCCGGGCGGAUGCACCGGUCGACAGCUGCCACGGGCAGCGGUGGCCACGAAGUGUCGCUCAUAGAGCCAUACGGCGCCUGGCUGCGACGCGGACGAAAGUAGCCGAAGAAAAGAGACAGCAAGUCAUAGGUCUUGUACGGGAAGAGAUCGCUGACCAUGUGCGACAGAAGCAAGCCGAGGAUGAGGUGCUCUUUCCCCGGGCGCAGGAGCCGAACCGGAGCAAAGAAAGCCAGACGGCUCAAAGCAAGACGGAACCGGAGUCACAAAGGCUCUCCACAGACAGCAUGCCGUCGCGCAAACGCCGCAUGGAACCACGACAAGACAAGCGCGCACAGCCGACGCCCACCAAGACCCAGCCCCGCACUCAGACAAUGCAAGUAGCACAGGCAGAGCCUGCAGCGAAGUGUGCAGAAGACGUGUCGGUGAGCAGCCAAGCCAGGACAGCGCCUCCGCCACAACGAAAGUCGCAGGCAAAGCCGCAACAAGCGACGCAAGCCACCCCGACCGUCGCGCAGACGACAAACGCACCGCCGGCAAAGUUGGCUGGACAGACGGCCGCCGCGGAAACGUUCCAAUAUGCGUGUCCGUUUUGUGAGGUGUCUGUGACCAGCACUGUGCGCACAGGCCAAGUAGAUCACCGCCGUGUGUGCGGGAAGUUGUUUCGUGUCAAAGACGGACACGUUGCCGCCAAGAACUUAGUCUAUGCGUGUCCAUUUUGCAAUGGAACUGUGGCGAGUAACGUGAGGACAGGGCGGGUAGAUCACCGAACCGUGUGCGGCAACCGAUUCCAUGUGAAAGAAGGCACGGUUAGCACACAGACGCGGCAGCAUGAGGUGCUCGCUCCCCGGGCGCAGGAGCCGAAUCGGAGAAAAGAACGCCAGAUGGCGCAAAGCAAGACGGAACCGGAGGCACAAAGGCUCUCCACAGACAGCCUGCCGUCGCGCAAACGCCACAUGGAACCACAACAAGACAAGCAAGCACAGCCGACGCCCACCAAGACCCAGCCCUGCACACAGACAACGCAAGUAGCACAGGCAGAGCCUGCAGCGAAGCGUGCAAAACACGUGUCGGUGAGCAGCCAAGCCAGGACAGCGCCGCCGCCACUACGAAACUCGCAUGCAAAGCCGCAACAAGAGACGCAAGCCACCCCGACAGCCGCGCAGACGACACUCGCACCGCCGGCAAAGUUGGCUGGACAGACGGCCGCCGAGGAAAUCUUCCAUUAUGCGUGUCCUUUUUGUGAGGUGUCUGUCACCAGCACUGUGCGCACAGGCGAUCGUCCUGAGGAGUUCUAUGCCCUGCAGCGGGCCAAGGGUGACACGACCUCCACGCGUCGCGGCAUCCGUGGGCUGUCAGCCUUGGGCUUGCAGAAGGAGCUUGCACGACGCGACCUCGAUGCCAUCCGUCGCUGGUACUGUGGACAGGAUGCAGUGAUGUUCAAUGAGAAGAUGAUGAGACUAGCAAGGCCUCCACCCGAGAUGCCGCGCUACAAGAGCGCCCUAGCCUUAGACGCCUUGCUGGAGGGUCACUGGAUGCAGGUCAUGGAGGCCUUGCAGCGGUGUCACAAGUCGGGCAGCCCGGUGAACGCAGCGGGCACCGGUGCGGACCGGGAGGAGAGGAAGCCGAAGACCUUGCGCCCGGGCUCUCAGAUGGGUCCAGGCCAGCGGGAGCUCAUCCAGCAGAAUCCAGGAACUUUCCAGAAGUCCGUUUGA